AUGGCGCCAUCAGUUCUGCAGAACGGUGGAUUCAUUUUGGGCUUGAUCGGUGCCGCAGCCCUCAUCGCGGCCACGGCCAUGAACAAGUGGAGUGUCAAGGACAGGCAGGGGGAAGUGGUGACGUCUGUUUAUACCUACAAGGGUCUGUGGCAGGACUGUGAGACAGCGUCCUCUGGAUUCACUGAGUGUCGCCCGCUCUAUGGCAUCCUGGGCUUCUCAGGUGCCUUCCAGGCUGUGCGAGCCCUGAUGAUAGUGGGUGUGGUGCUGAGCGUGCUCGGGGCGGUGAUAGCAGUUUUCUCCCUGACAUGCCUCACGAUGAACAGCAUGGAGGAAACCACCAAGGCCAAGAUGAGCCUCACGGCAGGAAUCAUGUUCAUCAUCUCUGGUGUGUGUGGCAUUGCAGGAGCUUCUAUGUACGCCAAUCAGAUCGUGGCCAGUUUCAGAUUGUCCACCUACUCCAACUAUGGAGGAGGAAUGAUGCAGGAAGGGUUGGGGUUAUCUGUUUUCACCAGAUACACGUUUGGCCCUGCACUGUUUAUAGCCUGGAUAGGAGGGGGCGUCCUGCUUAUUGGUGGCAUCUUGAAGUCACUGGCUUUCAAGGAAAUGGUGAAAGAUGAAAAGCAACGGUGAGUCCAACACAGAUUUAUGUUGAUAGAAAGCUCUGCAGAACUGAACGGCUGCUGAAGGCUCUGAACUAGUUUUGGGCCUAAUGAAGCUCAGUUAUUACUUGCAUCACGUCUUUUUCACGUGCUCUGACAGAGGACGCAUCGUCACAAUAGAAUUACCUAAAUGCUAUGUGUUGUCCUCUUGCCUUUCAGUUACCCCGGGGUUGCUUACAAACCUCAGUCCCGCACCAAGACCGACCCGGGUGAUCAGCAUUCAGAGGGCGGCAAGAGACAACAGAACUAUGUGUAACUUCAACCGCAGCAUCCGCACUGACAAUUUGUUUUUGCUGAGGUGUGUGAUUUUUAGCCAUUUGAUUCUUGGAUGUUUUUUUUUUUUUGGUUAACUCAUAUACACAUUUGAUCUUUACUGUCUGAUAAUGGAAACCUACUGUCUCACAUCCAA